AUGGCAGAAAAUUCUCCUUCUCCCUCACCUGAACGAGCAAUUUAUGGAUUUGUACUGUACUUAGGGACUUACUUUGGAUUUGGUGAGAGUUUAGAGAGAAAAUGAAAUAUGUAAUUCAUGUAUAAGAAGACGAUGAACACCAGCAGUCUUAAAUUUUUGAAAAUCACAGUUCAUUUUUUAUUUAACUUAAUUAAAAUAAUGGCUACGGUUUGAUCACUGGAAAUUAUAUUGUCCAUUUAUCGCGAUAUCCCUCUAGAAGAAAGCCAGGGACAGGGACAGGUGAUUUGUAUAACUCACAACGUAUUUUCUUUGCUUUUAUGUUGUCAGGUCUUUAUUUAAUCUGGGCAUGUGUUCCUGAAGAAUGGCUUCAUAGUAUUGGAAUAACAUAUCUCCCACAGAGGUAUGAGGAAGCAAAAUCAUGUACUUUACACACACUGCAAUCUGACCAAAAUCCUGGGUAGGGCUCUUGGUAGUAGUAGGAGGGGGGUGGGGUGGGAAGUUACUCAGGUGGGGAUGAGUGGGGAUGUGCUGCCUCUGCCUUCAAUACCCUAUGCUAGAUUGGAAGUUCCAGAGUCAUGACCCUCAUUGAGUUGCACAAUACCCACAUAGGUAUUUUUGGUGAGUACCCCCACCCCAAUCCACCAUGCCAAUCAACACUUGAUUAUAAGGGGGUGGGUAAGGGGUCAUGGAUGGGCUGGUAAAAGAAAGAGGAGGACAGGAAGGGAAAAAGAAAGGCAAAAGGCCGCUUCCUCUCCACUUCAUUGCUCUUUUUGGAAUUUUUGUCUAUUCCCAACUAGGGGGCUAGUUCUUAGCCCAGGAAGAAAACAUGUUUGCUAACUGAUAAAUGAGAAAUGAUGACAGUUUUACUGCAUCAUUUGUAAAAAUUCAAAUAGAAUUUUGUGAGACCCACUGUUUACCCAUCCCCAGAGUAAGGUGGCUGAUCCACUGUUAAUAGAGCGCAGUUUUUGUACCAAAAGGUUUUAGCCUUGCUAUGCUGCUAAGAGAACUAAAUAGGGGCUUAUUUGUUUAUCUUUACUUUUUCAUUCACUAGGUAUUGGGUGUUAGCAGCACCAAUUUAUCUUUGCGUUGCUUUUGUUUUUGUGGUGAUAUUUUAUGUGGCCUACAAUUUUACUAUCACCCUACCAGUGGAUUCAAUCAAUACAAUCACAGGUUUGUAAAGCAUUCAAUUCAAUACUUUUCAAUACAAUUCAAUAUCCGUUUUCAGACCUGGCCUUUAGGCAGAAAUUAUGUCAUAAUAAAAAUUUAGAACUUCAAAUGCAUUUUGAAUUCACAUAAUUAUUUCUAUUUCUUUCUCAUUCAUUUAGAAUUGAAAUCUGAUAAACACAUUCAUAUACUCCCCUACUUCCUUCGAAAACCAUACCCAAUUCCAAAGUCUAACCACCCCCACCCCUGUUCAGCAUUUUGAGUCCGAAGAACCACCUAGUAAUAGUCAACAUAAUGCAUUCCACACAGCGUUUUUGGGUUUGUCCAUCUGAAAUGGUGACCUGGUCAGACAUUCAUCCUUUCUAAAAAUAUUGUUUAAUUUUGCAGCCCUGCUCGAAGUCUGUAGGAUGAAUCAGCCCUUUCCCCUUUAAUCUGGCAACUAGCUCUGUUCAGCUGAAAAAUGAACAGUAUUUCUAUUGUCAUGUAUGUGUAGAGAAGUUGAAAGAACAAUAAUAUUAAUGAAAAAUAUUACUGACAGUAAGCCCGGGACAGUAAGUAGACAGUAAUAUUUGCCAUAAUGUAGGAAAAAAGUGAAUCUGAAUUUAUUGAUUCUUCAGGUGUUGUGUUCUUCAUCUUUUUUCUUUGUAGAUACACAUGCACGGUAUGAAGGUGAAGACACAAAACCAGUGCUGCCUGGCUCAGUACCCCCACUCUAUGAUAUACCUCUUUGUCAGGUGAAUAAAGUACUCUAUGGAGACGGAAUAACAAGUUACAGCAGUGACAGUCAUUAG